AUGUUUGAGCACCAUCUCGCCAAGUACAAGGAAAUUAAGCGCAACAGGUCUGCAGUGGAAAACUGGAACAGGGAAAAAGAACAGCAUCUCAAGUUGGCCACGAGCCAUGCUAGCCAAUGUCGUAUCUGGGACAGUAAUAAUCGCGGUACAGAACAAAAGAGACUCCGAAAUGAACGUCGUCAAGAAGCUAUCAAAAGGUUAUCUGCGUCAGGUUGGGGGCCAGAGGAACUGAGACACAUGGAAUUUUAUUACCACCGUCUGUUUGAGCUGUCGAAGCCUAUCACGGAACGAACAUGGAACAACCUCGAACCUCAACUAGUUCGUGUUCUUCGCCGACUCAAGUACCGUCGCCUCGAAAAAGAACGUUGUUAUUCUCUAAAGUCACGAUACAAACUACUCAAGAUCGCUUAUGAGAACAAGAAGUACGGAAACAGGUUGACUAUAUAUCCCCCACUCUCCGAUCUCAUUCUGGAUGGAAUCCUCGGGUCCAUCGAUGACACGAUCUGGAACACACCACUAGAGCAGAAAUUGACCAUAUCGGUCUUCAUCGACGCUCUACAUGACGCCGCGGCUGAAAUCGCAGAGUUUUCGCUAAAAUGGAUCAAGCAGAACAGUCUAGACCUUACAAAACUCUUGCGAAGAUCCGGACUCGAUGGGGACUAUGACUUACGCACGACAAUCUUUUCCUGCAAAUACUGUGGAGAAAAAACCUGGGUACCCAGGAUUUUUAUGCACGAUUGUUACUACUUAUAG